AUGGUUGCUACCUCGGGCCUCACGUGGAGCUUGCUGCUGUUGGCAGCUUCCACAUGCACCAACGCUUUGAGCCUGCACCACAAGAAGUUUGACGGUCAAGUGCAGCGGGUAAACAAGGGUGAGCAUCAGCACGGCCAUCAUGUCCACACCACAUGCACUGACAAAAUGCAAGACGACCUCCGCUCCAGAGGGAUUCUGCCUCCCCGCCAGCUCAACGAGUCAGACACCAGCGUAGACCAAUGGGUGACGCUUCCGCUGGACCACUUCGGCUCAGACGAGAGGACUUUCGACAACCGCUACUGGAUCUCAGCCUCUGGCUACGAGGGAGCCGGAAAGCCCGUCUUCAUCUUCGACAACGGCGAGCAAGCGGGCCACUACUCGUGGGUGGAUUAUGGGUGGUUCAAGGACAUGGUUGACAGCUUCGGCGGCAUUGGCAUCUCGUGGGAGCACCGCUACUACGGCGAGUCCAUCUCGUUCAACAUCACCACCGAAACCGACCCCGAGGACAUGAAGUUCCUCAGCGUCGAGCAGGCGCUCGCCGACGUGGCCGUCUUCGCCUCCAACUUCAGCCACCCCGCCUACCCCGACGUCGACCUCACCCCAUCCUCGACGCCCUGGAUCUUCGUCGGCGGCUCGUACCCCGGCAUCCGCGCCGCCCUGAUGCGAGAGCUCUACCCCGAAAUCAUCUACGCCGCCUACGCCGCGUCCGCGCCCGUCGAGGCCCGCGUCAACAUGUCGUCCUACUUCGACCCCAUCUGGGACGGCAUGCACCGCUACGGCUACGGCAACUGCACCGAGGACGUGCGCGCCGCGCUGCUGCACAUGGACGAGCUGCUCGCCGACGACGAGUCGGCCGCGGCCGUGAAGCAGCAGUUCCUCGGCCCCAACGCCGACAAGAACUCCAACGGCGACUUCGCCUACGCCCUAUCCACCCUCUGGUUCGGCUGGCAAUCCAGCGGCCCUAAGGGCACCAUCGCCGGCUUCUGCGACUACCUCGAGACGCGCGACGUCGUCGCCGCCAACGCCACCACCACUAACCGCACCACCACCCUCACCGCCGGCGAGCACGGCUGGGCCCCCAAGAUGGGCGCCGCCUGGGUCCUCCAGAAGUGGGCCGAGUGGCCGCAGCUCGCCGCCACCGUCAGCACCGACUGCGCCGGGAACGCGGGCAUCGCGUCUCCCCAAACCCCCUCCUCCUCGAACUCCUCCUCCUCCUCUUCCGACCCAACCUGCGACCUCUCCACCCUCUCCCUCGCCACCUCCAUCGACGACAUCAGCUGGACCUGGCAAUACUGCACGCAAUGGGGCUUCCUGCACGCCGCCAACACGGGCCCCAAACAGCUCACCUCCGCCUACAACUCGGUCAGCUACCAGCUCUCCCUCUGCCAGCGGCAAUUCCCCCUCGCCGCCGCCGCCGGCAUCCUCCCCGCGGCGCCCGCCGCCGACGCGCUCAACGAGCUGACGGGCGGCUGGGGCAUGCGGCCGAGCAACACGUUUUGGACGGCCGGCGAGUUCGAUCCGUGGAGGACGUUGAGCCCGUUGAGCGAUGAUGAUGAUGGCGAUGAUGAUGGUGCGCCCGUGGCUUGGCUGACGCAGACGCCGCCGGCGUGUGGGGAGAGGGGGGAGGAAGGGGGGGAGUUGUUUGGGUUUUUGUUGCCCGAUGCGCAGCAUUGUUAUGAUUUUGCGGAGACGGACGUGGCGGUGCAGGCGAGGGGGUAUUUUACGAGUGCGUUGGAGGGGUGGUUGGAGUGCUUUGAGCCGACGAGUGGUGGUGGUGGAGGGUACUGA